AUGGCGGCGGCGGCGGCGGCUCCCGCGCCCGAGGCCUGGCCCGAGCUGGAGCUGGCCGAGCGCGAGCGGCGGCGCGAGCUGCUGCUGACGGGGCCCGGGCUGGAGCAGCGGGUGCGCGCGGCGGGCGGGCGGCUGCCGCCGCGGCUCUUCACGCUGCCGCUGCUGCACUACCUGGAGGUGAGCGGCUGCGGGAGCCUGCGCGAGCCGGGCCCGGGCCUGGCGCAGGGCCUCCCGCAGCUGCACAGCCUCGUGCUGCGGCGCAACGCGCUGGGGCCCGGCCUGAGCCCCGAGCUCGGCCCGCUGCCCGCGCUGCGCGUGCUCGACCUGUCGGGCAACGCGCUGGAGGCACUGCCGCCGGGCCAGGGCCUGGGCCCCGCUGAGCCGCCGGGCCUCCCGCAGCUGCAGAGCCUCAACCUCAGCGGCAACCGGCUGCGCGAGCUGCCCGCCGACCUGGCGCGCUGCGCCCCGCGCCUGCAGACCCUCAACCUCACGGGCAACCGCCUGGACUCCUUCCCCGCCGAGCUCUUCCGUCCCGGCGCGCUGCCGCUGCUCAGCGAGCUGGCGGCCGCCGACAACUGCCUCCGGGAGCUCAGCCCCGACAUCGCGCACCUGGCCUCGCUCAAGAUGCUGGACCUCUCCAACAACCAGCUCAGCGAGGUCCCAGCAGAGCUGGCCGACUGCCCCAAGCUGAAGGAGGUCAACUUCCGGGGGAACAAGCUGACGGACCGGCGGCUGGAGAAAAUGGUGCACGGCUGCCAGACCAAGUCCAUCCUGGAGUACCUGCGCAGCGGAGGCCGGGGUGGCGGGCGGUGCAGGGGCAAGGCGGACGGCCCGGAGAAGGAAGAGGCCCGCAGGAGACGGCGCGAGAGACGGAGGAGGGAGAGUGGCGAGGGGGAGGGGGAGGGGGUGGACAGCACUGGCAGACUGCUGCUCCGCGUCCUGCACGUGUCUGAGAACCCCGCCCCGCUGACCGUGCACGUCAGCUCCAUGGUCAGGGACGUCCGGCCGUUCAUCGUGGGGGCCGUUGUGAGAGGCAUGGACCUGCAGGCUGGGAACGCGCUCAGAAGGUUCCUCACCUCCCAGACGAAGCUUCACGAGGACAUGUGUGAGAAGAGGACGGCAGCCACCAUCGCGACCCACGACCUCCGGGCCGUGCGCGGGCCCCUGCUCUACACCGCCCGCCCACCACACGAUCUCAAGAUAGUGCCCUUGGGGCGCAGAGAAGUCAAGGCCAAGGACCUGGUGCGGCAGUUACAGCUGGAGGCCGAGGAGCACAGGAAGCAGAAGAAGAGGCAGAACGUGUCGGGCCUGCACAGAUACCUGCACUUACUGGACGGGAAGGAGACUUACCCCUGCCUCGUGGAUGCGGAUGGCGACGUGAUUUCUUUCCCACCGAUAACCAAUGGCGAGAAGACGAAGAUUAAGAAAACAACUUCUGAUCUGUUUUUGGAAGUAACAAGUGCUGCGAGUCUGCAGACCUGUAAAGAGAUCAUGGACGCCCUCGUGCUGAAAAUGGCAGAAAUCAACAAGUACACGCUAGAAAAUAAAGAGGACGGAUCACUUUCAGAUCCUGAAGCCGACGCAGCCUCUGCACAGCCUCCGGGUCCCAGCGGGAGCCCAGGUGCCACAAAGGCCGGGAGCGCCUCACUGGUGGUAGAGCAGGUCCGGGUGCUUGACGAGGACGGACACCUGAAGGUGGUGUACCCCUCUAAGACAGACCUGGGCCUUGCCGCUCCCCACAUGACCGUGAUCCGCUGAGCCCUGGCCGCCGCGUGCCCACCAGCUCCACCACGCGGUCCUCAGCUGCACCUGUUGUGCUGACGUUAAGUUAUUCCUUACGUUCUCACCCCGGUGGUUUUUAAGAUCCGCGCCUCUGUUCGGUUGUCUGGACGGUUCCGUCCUGUCGCAGUACGCCACAUUGCCACGGACUUGAAUCGUUUUGCCUUUCCAGCACCAAACUGUUUAACUAAAGCUUUUUACGA